AUCUUUUGACGGCUCCAGGGUAGCUGUUGUGGGCUUCGAGUUGGCAUCUUUUGCGGUGUUUGUUAUGAUUUUGUGUAGAGUAGAAAAUAAAAGUUUGUAUUCGUUCUUUCAAUGUUUACCAUCACCGACUAUGAUUAUGAUUGCACGAAAAAGUGUCGUCUAGUGAGACAUGGUAACGCCAUCACGGCGGCCCUUACCAAGCGCGCUGUUUCGGACGAGUUGCUGGCUGCAUACAUCGCCAAAACAUGUCGCAACUUUACCCACGUCCUAGACGAAUAUGGUCGGUCGGCACUGCAUAUGGCCGCAUCGGUCGGUCGUGCGGCCAUCGUCGAAUGGUUAAUAAACCAGGGAGCCAGUAUAACGCAAAAGGAUCUUGAGUCCGGUCAUACGCCGCUGCACCGUGCCAUGUACUAUGGCAACGUCGGAGCGGCUGUUGCGCUUGUUAAGCAUGGUGCGGCACUCGAUGCGCCGGAUGAAGACUUCGUUAAUCCGAUUCAGCUGUGUAGCAAUGUGUCCGAGCAACGGGCUAGCAAGGAUGGUGGUGAGCGUAUUGCAAUAGGAUCCGAGCUGAUGAUCUGGGGACAGAACAAAAAUUAUAACCUAGGCAUUGGAAACGCACAGGAUAAAGGCAAUCCCGAGAGCAUGGAGUACUUCCGCAAAACGCGUACCACCAUCCGGAAGCUAGAGAUCAGCUCGUACCAUAGCGUGUUUUUGACACACAAAAUGGGAGAGUUGUAUGCCGCAGGUCAUGGCGUCGGAGGACGGCUGGGUCUCGGAAUGGAGGACACCAUCGCCUACCCGAUGAAGGUCCCAGUGCCGCUGAGAGAUAACGAGCGUAUUACGGACAUUGCCGCGGCGAAGCAUCAUACCCUCAUCCUGACAGAUAAUAAUCACAUUUAUUCUUGUGGCGAGAACAAGCACUGCCAACUGGGACUAAAGCCACCGCCAGCAAAUCUGCUUACCUUCAAGGAGAUUACGGGUCAUUCCAGCUUAUCAGGGAAAACAAUCAAGCGAGUCAUUGCGAUGGACUACCAUUCGAUCGCCGUUCUGGAGGCGGACAUUUAUGUGUGGGGUCUUAACGGCGGUCAGUUUGGCUUGAAGCGAGAUUCUCGCAGUGACAUGAUCGUGCUACCGAAACCGAUCCCGCUAAUACCGGAGGGAACGAUGCUCAAGGAUGACGGGAGCGCCAUAAAGCGUGACACCACCAUCAAGCUGAUCGAGUCAAGCAAUGGAGCCAUCGUUGUGUAUACCAUGAAAAACUUUCUGCACAUUUUCAGUGGCUUCAAGGUGAAAACCUACAAAAAGCCCUUGAUGGAGAAAAUAGAAUGCCUCUCGGUGGCGGGUGGCGAGCUGCAAACCGAACAGGAGGACGUUGUGAAACGUUCAGGGGAUCUGCGUGUGCUAGUCUUUACAACGUCCCGUAACAUCUACAUCUGGUACGAGGAUUGCCAACAGUUUGUGCGGUGCGUGUUUGCCCAGUCGCGCAAUCUGGAGGUGGAAAAGAUUCGCUGGUGCUCACAGAACGCCCUGGUGCUGCUGCUGGGCAAUCUGUACCAUGGCAUCAUCACCAACAAGCUGCCCCGUUCGGCAAAGCACCAGUUCAGCGAGUUCAAGGAAACGUACACACGCAAGGAGCUGUGCGAAACAAUGCAAAGCCGCAUAGAGCUUCGGCGCAUACGCAAUUUGUGCAACGUGGUGGAUUUUGCUUGCGAUGCGGAUGGUGAGAACUACGCCGCAUUGGUGGAGAAUACGCGACGCUGUUUUUGCGUGCCGGAGUUGGUAGAAUCGAACUACGAUUACGGCACAUUGUUAGCCGAUACCACCGAAAUGGACGGUGUGCACGAUGUGGUGUUUUACGUCGAAGGUGAACCGUUUCCGAGCCACCGUUUCAUUCUGUACCAUCGAUCGGACGCGCUGCGUACACUAUUGCAGCAGCACCCUGCACAGAAAGAAUACGAUCUAAAGGACUACGGGUUCGUUGGUAUGACGACCGGAGCGUUUCGACUAAUCAUGCGUUAUCUUUACACCAAUCAACUUAUCGCACGGGCGGACGUCGAACGAUUACUGAUAAAACCAGGCACAGAUCCGACCGCGGUACGAACUUCUGAACUAAGCGGCAUGUGUCGCAAACUAAAGGAACAGUUCGACAAGCUCCAACUGGAUGUCUUAUCACAAUCGGUUAAAACCUUACAAGUCGAGCCUCCUAUCGAACCGUUUCCGAAGCUGCGGCACGAUUCCUACCCGGAGCUGUACGACAUUGCCAUUGACCUGCAGGACGACAAGAAGCUUCGUGCGCACAAAUGUGUGUUAGUCGCACGGCUCGACUAUUUCAACAUGAUGUUUGCCCACAGCUGGAUGGAAAAGCGCACAACGGUCGACCUGCGGACGGUGCCGCGUGAAUAUAUGGACGUUAUCGUACCCUUCCUGUACGAUAAUGAUUAUGGGCGCGUUCGAAGGCAACGUUACUCGGAGAAUUUUAUUCUGAGCAUGAUCAUCAUCUGCGAUCAGUUUCUGAUCGAAGAGCUUAAAACCAUCUUCGAAACGAUCCUCAGUCAACGUGUGCACUUGCGCAACGUGGGCGAAUUGCUCGAGUUUGCCUACCAGUACAACUGCGAAGUGCUAAAGAGCGUGUGUAUGCAGUAUGUCAGUGUAAACUUUGCCCGGCUGCUCGAGUGGCAUUUACUGGACGGGCUAGAUCCCACCAUGCUGGCACAGAUCGAUCGGUUUUAUAAGGAAUUUUUCCGCCUGUCCGAUUACCGUACGAUCACUCCCUUUGCGGAUGCGAUAGGCGACGAGGAGCUGGAACAGUUUGUGAGCGACUUCCGGAUCGAUCUCGAACAAAAGGCGACAGACCACCCACCGAAUGCGUCCGAACGCUCCGCCAAACUAACUCCGAAAGGUAAACAGAACAAUAUGCCCGCUCUCUCGAAGCUGCAGCGCGAGAAAAGAAACUAUGAAAAGGAAGCGAUGGCGUACCUGGAACGGUUGGUGCUGGAAGAAGCCGCUGCCGUGAAGGAACGAAAGAUUUCGUCCAGCAAGACAACCAACAACGCUUCUUCCAUCUACAGUCCACCUUCGUGCAAGGAUGAUAAAUCUCCCGAUCGCCCGGUGCCGGAGGAACGGUCGGCGAACAAAUCGUGGCAAACGGUGUCGGCCGAUGCGAAACGGAAAGCUGCCCUUACUGCCGCCCUGCGUGCGAACGAACUCAUGAAGGAGGAAGCGAAACAGCCGGCUAACGAAAGCUUUGCCAGCCUUCGGACGGUGCUGGAGCGUAGUCCUACAGCUCCGCAGUUGAUACCGGUCCGGUCGCCCGAUGAAGGGUACGAAUCGGCUAGCAACGUGCCGCGAGCGGCUACACUCAAUCUGAGUGACUUUACCCUACAAAACGGGCGAUUGUCGCAAAAGCAGCGCAAGCGACUCAAUUCGGAAAAGUCAAGGUUGGCCAAAUCGGCCAGCCAAGAGGCAAACGGGCAACCGCAAACGCCUGAAACGCCGGUAGUGAACCCGUGGAAAAAUGUCACGAGUCCACCGGCAGCGGAUCUGUUUAAAUCCGAUGCCGAUGCAGUCCUGGGUUCCGAUACGGCAUUAUCCGCUCGUAGACAGCGGAAGAGCAGCACAAACGAGCAGAGCAAAGCUGCCGGAUUGCAGCAGCCAGACGACAUGUUUCCUGCAAUUAAUUCAACGGAAGAUCAAACCACCGGUACAAUGGCCGUUAGCGUGCAUCCACAGCGGCAUCGACAGCGAAGCUCUCGGUACAGCGAGGGAGAGACCGAUUUCAACGUGAUUCUGGAAGAUGAACGACGGCAAAAGCGCUACUUUGAGAAGAUCAAAUCGAAGUCCCUCGUUGAUACGCAAAUCGAGGAGCAGGCUAUCGAAGAGCUGCGCGCAUUCUACAACGUGGAGCAUGUGUUCGAUGAAAGCAUCACUAUCGAACGCUAUCGACCGCCGUUGUUGGAGAAUGGGCCGAACUUAGCGGUGUGGCAAUAUCGGUAAAGUUACCGGAGGGUGACGCAAACCAUGAUGCUAUGAGCUCACUUGAAAACCUGUAUUUGAUAUCAGGGGUUUUCUACUGUAAUUUUCUGUGUAUUUAUGAAUACAGUGACAUUAUGCGCAAC